AAUAUCCUUUCUAAAUAAGUGGACUUUUGAUUAUGUAACCAUAAGCUAGUGGUAUCACUGAAAUUAAGUUUUAAUAUUCACAUGUUCUAAUGUGACUGCAGUUUCAGAGAACAACUUCCUCAAUGUGCUCUGUUUCAGCCUUCCGUGUGGCAAGUGUGUAGGGGGUUGAGAAGCUCUGGAGUUUUCACCAUUAUUUAUGUUGUUUUAUUUUUCCAAAAAGUGAUGAAUCAAUAUAUGGGCGUUCUAAUAACCUGUGUAGUGGCUUGUUUUCAUCAAGUGAUGGGCGAAAAUCAAGUUACUGGUUACAUCGGGCAGUCUGCGACCUUGAAAUCAGGGUUGAAUGUGUCAUGGGAACUCUCAAGAAUACGGUGGUCCAUCUACACCAACACAACAUAUAUUGUAAUUUAUGAAAAGGGGAGAACCAAAAUCAGGUUCUGGAGAUAUGAGGGCCGUCUUUUCCUCAACGAGUCUACAGGAGAUUUGGAGAUCAAAAAUUUAACAGCGGAUGACAGCAUGAAAUACACUGUGCUGCUGUAUAGUGGUUCAAAGCAGCAUCAAAAUCACAUUUUUCUCACAGUUCAGGAACAACUCAGAAAACCAAAAAUAACAGUGCUGCAUAGUUCUCUGGUUCAAGAUCACUGUAUAAUUGCACUUAAGUGCUCUUCAUCAGAAGAUAACGUCACUCUCUCCUGGACACCUAAGGAUGAAUCCAGUGUGCCUUUUUGGAAAGGAAAUACGAGUCAUAAUUCCAGAGAGUCAGAGCUGUGGACGUCCUUCAAACCCAACAGAAAUGUAACCUUCACCUGCACGGCCACUAAGGGCAGUCGCACAGGGUCAGAUCAUGCUGUUGUACAAUGUCCAGAUGUGAAGCCCAAGACAAACCCCUCUCCAGAGCGCUUAAGAAAACACUUUGGGAUUAUUGCAUCUCUAGCUUGUCUAGUCACAUUUUUUGCAGUAUUGCUGUUAAAGAAUAAUUCAUUGGAUGUAAAUUUGAGUGAAAGAACCACACUGGAAAAAGAAAAGGACAGAAGUUGAAAUGUUUUUACAGUUGGAGUUGAUACAAAAUAUAUCUUAUAUAUAUCUUUGCAGUGUUUCUACUGGAACUGAAUUAAACCAGUUAAAUUGCUUAUUACCACCGGACAUAGAUAGAACUUUAUAUACAAACAGCCAUUGUUUCAUGUACAACUGCACUUUUGUAAGCAAAGUGGAAAUCUUCUAGACUUCAAAGAUGUACAGUGUCUCAAUCAAUGUUCCAUUUUAC